AUGACAGUAUGCGGUCGCGUCUGUGCAAUCAUCAACUGCCACCUGGCAGCGCAUGACAAUGCGACAGCUAAGCGCAACGAGGACUGGCAUCGCAUCUACACAACGAUGGAAUUCGGGCGAUCCAUGGGGACUGUGGGCACUGCUGCGACCAAUGCAGCCAAGGCUGCUGGAGCCGGCUUCCAAUCAGCCGUACAGGGGUUUGUGAAGGCAGCAGGGAGGGGAGUGGGGGGGGCGGCAGGGGCGGCAGGCUUUGUUCCCAUCUCCAGCACUCAAGGCACGGACGUGUCGGGCUCUGAUUGGCCGAACGCCGCAGCUGGCAACAACAGCAUUUCGAGCAUUGGAAGCACUGAGUCGUAUGCUGAGGUGCGGCCUUCUGCUCCAUCUUUUUCCCGCUUGCUUGGAAGGCAAAGCAGGGUGCAAGAAUACGCUAUCGAAGCGGAGCAAGGCAACAGCGAAGCCACUCCCCUUUUGAAAACACCUGACCAUUCCUCAGGCCGUUUGGAUUCGGCUCAUGCCUCAUAUGUUCCAAAUGAAACGAGGAACGACCAGGUGUUUUCAAAAGGGGACAUAUAUGUUCCCUCCCUACCAUCUUCCGAAUCAGCUCAGAUCCCCCACCUGCCUUGUUACCACCAGCCCACAGUACUUACCAUACCUGACAGUUUUUCUCAAACUUCUCACUCCUCCCACUUGGAAGAGCGAACCCCUCAUGGAGUCAUUGCUGCUGCGUGCUGCUGUUGCGUGUGCAUCUGCCUGCCUCUUCUUCUCCUUGGCGCCUUCUCGAUUGGCCGGCCUGCAGCAGCCCUUGUUGCUGCUUCCGCAGUUGCUGCCGUGACUGGUGCAGCUCUGCUCGUCUCACCUGCCACUCCAACCUCCCCUCGCCCGGACCUGUCUCAGAGCGACCUUCUCAUUUGGAUGGGCGAUUUGAACUACCGCCUCGACGGGGUGUCAUAUGAAGAAGCAUGCAGUGCCAUUGCAAGGAGGCAGUACCCGCUGCUGCUGGAGUGUGAUCAGCUGAGAGCGGAGAUGAAGGCAGGGAGGGCGUUUGUCGGCAUGCAAGAAUCAGCAGUGGACUUUGCACCGACCUACAAGUUCGACCGCGGCACUUUCAAACCCCUGGCAUACGAUUCUGGUGAGAAGCGCCGGGUGCCUGCCUGGUGCGACCGCAUCCUCUUUAGAGACAGCUUCACUAGCAACAGCGCAUCUCAGAGUGGUGAAACAAGCAGAAUCGAUUCGUCUGGCCCACUAAGGGAUGGUGGCGGUGGCAGCAGUGGCGGUGGCAGCAGUGGCGUGGCCAAGGGGAGAACCUCUCUCUCCCACCCUGUUUCAGUCGACGUUCUGCGGUAUGUUCUCUCUCAAUUUUUCUCUCAAGGUGACUUUGUGGACUCAACUCAGGAAUAA